CGCAAGCAGACCACCCAUCACUGAACGAACCCUUGAGCCUGAGCGGUGGUGCAGUUCACCGAUAGGGGCUCCCAAAUCCGAAGUUUAUUUGCAAACAAAAUCGGUUGCCUUGAGAGGUUUCCGUUAUGGAGCGGCUCGAGUCAUGAUUGGACAUUAAACUUUUACGCCCAAAAUUUGGCAUUUGGUCCACGCUCCAUAACACCCUAGGCUGCUGCUCUUAUAGCCACCAUGUAGCUACUAGACUGCUUUGGCUUCAGUGCCUCUCCGUGUUCCAUUCACCCACGCACACACUUGCAUCCGUACAUCAUCAAACUCCCCAAUAAUUGGACAGUCAUGAGCACGCACCAGGCAACAGCGUGGCUCGUUUCUUUUUCCACAAAAUCAACCGUACCCAAGGAACCGCGUGCUAGGUGUGGCUCUCUGCCUGUGCGAUUAUGCACCCAAGCAUUAAAAAGCCUUGUACAAUAACGAAGCACAGAAAACACAGAGGUUAUUUCUAAGGAGAUGCGUGGGUGAUCAGGUAGGGUUUUUGUUCUUUUCCAAGAAAUCCCAACCUGCAAAAAUCAAGCGAUUACACGAGUAAAUGAAAUGAGGAUCAAGAAACAAUGGAGGGAUGACCCUCAUUAUUCUACACCACCUCCACCACCACCACCAGAUCGUGUCUCAUCAACAGUAGACCAAGCGCCAACUGAUGAUCCUCUUUUGAAUGGUAUUAUCAGAAGAGCAUCUUUUAUAAAUUCACAAGAACCACAUGACCGCUACCGUAUCAGCCCACCAUUUGUCGAUGAUACCAAUAAGUUGAGUCCCCAUUCUUGUGUUUCUCAUAAUGCACAGCUCUAUCUACCCAAAAAUCAACGGUCUUUUGACCCACCACCUGUGAUGAGGAGCACAAUCAACGCCUCCAUUUGCUCUAACCAGAACCCAGAAAUCUUAGCGGAAGAAAGAACCAGUGAAGAGAAGAGGCUCGUUGCUGCAAAUACCCAUCAGAGUACUACUACAAUGGAUAACAAAAGGCACAGCAGCAGCAGCAGCAGCAGCAGCGCAGACAUAUCAGCUGCAACUUCAGUUUCCUCGUCCUUACCUAGUUAUGGAAGCUGGUGUGAGGAAGAGAAAGUGUUCCCCUUAAAGAAAAGAAGGAUUAGCUUGGAAAGAUUCAUAAGCACCCAAGAAUCUAGAAAAGUGGACAAACAGAAGCGAAACAGGAAGAUUGCCAAAAUGUGGGCUAGCUCAGGAACUGAGGCUAUCUAUGGAGAAGAGAGAGACUACAAUGAGGUUGAGAUCAACAGUGAUCAAGCAAUAGAGGAGAAUUUGAUGACGAGGUGCACUAAGGUGAAUGGGGCAGGAUGGAGAUGCAGCAAACGGAGGUUUGAAGGGUAUUCUUUAUGUAAGCACCACUUCAACAUGCAAAGGAUGUACAACAGCCGUCGUCCAAGAUUUGGUGGCAGUAAGAAGAGGAAGAAGGUAAUGAUAAGCAGUAUCCUUGACCGGACAAUGCCUUUGCUUGAUACAUGAAAAACUUAUUACUAAUCAGGUUCUUACUCAUUGAUCAUGACACUGUAUAUAGUAGUUGAAGUAGGGUGUCAUAAACAAGUGAACAAGAAAAUUAGUUCUGGUGAUAGACAAGUAAUCAUAGAAUGUCUUGAUGUAGAUGUCUUUUUGUCUCAGACAUAUGAUCAUGUUUCGGUGUCACAAGUGGAAAAGAAAUACAGAAGUAAUUUGCUUAUUUUCCCCUGUACCAUCCAUGUUUCUCUUUACAAGUUGGCAUUUCCCUGGAUCCAAAUCAGACCAAGAUUUUCUGUUGCCUGCCCAGACAAGGCGUACGAGGUGUUAUUUGCCUCGAUCAAUUUUGUUCUCGUAAGGACCACAAUUUUGUUGACGGAUCGAUCAUUCAUGGGUUCCAUCUCUACGGAAGUUGGCCUAGUAAUAAACCGGGAUAGUUUGUGCUUUAGUGAUCAAAGGAGAAAUGAAUCUUAUUUGAUAAUUCGAAGCCAGAAAUGUUAGUUCAUGGAGGAAGCGCACUUCUGCAUCAACCUUUUUCUAAGACAGGUGGGCUCUCCAUGCAUGUACUAGAGAAAGGAAAAGGAAAAUAGAAGGCCUUAGGCCCUCAAGAUCCAGUGAACCAUUAUCUGGGUCAGACCAAAAUAAAUGGAUAUUUACCUGCCUUCUCUUCGAGACGGUAGCUCUUCAUUUUCAUUAAAUAAUUAUUCUAGACAGAAAACAUUUUGUGAAUAUAGAUGAAGGAACCCCACUAAGGAUUUCAGAAAUAGCAUAUUAAAAAUCUAAUUAAGAAAAUGCUUAAUUUUGAGACCAAAAAUAAGAAUAGAUUUGGGGUUUAUACAAUAAAAAAGGGCCUAAAUCCAAUCCAAAUUGCAUCAACAUUCAACGAUGGCUCCCCAUCUGUGGCCCCCACAUCCUUAGCUUCCUUCCCAUCCCCAGCUCACCUUCAAGAAGAUAAGCUUCUUUACAAGUUGCAACCAUUUUUUUUCCUCCAUUUUCGAAAAACCAGAAACACUUAAAAAAAGGAAAAUCCAUUCUAUCUCAAAACCUCAAGAAAACACCACACCUUAAAAAACAUGAUUUUCUUCAGUAAUUCUCCCCACCCAGCAUUUUAAAAUAUCCCAUUUUCUUCCUUGAA